AUGCCGAACGGGAGUGGCCGCGAGGUAUCAUCCGGUUUGGUUGGUGCACUAGUGUACAGUUUGUUCACAACGUGUUUGGUAUCGUUCAUUAAACUUCUCAUUUGGAAACUUCACCGGUUACUGGAUACCAAGGAACCUAUUGCCUUGGCAUCUACACCAGCUCUGGAGUCUUUCAGCGCAAAGAGCACUCCUAAUCCAGAUUCACGACGUCCAACUUUCCCUAGCACGUCCGAUUCGUUAAGUGACCACGACCGAGAAGCUUUUGAUCAGGAGCUCGAAGACCGAUGUCGGCGUGUCGGACAAGCCGGUCUGGAUAUGGCAGAUCUUGCCGACGCCCUUCAUAGAAACCAAUCUAUUGUUCCUCGUCAUCUACCGUCGUCAACAAAUCCUAGGUUUACGCCGGCGCAGGAAUUCGACCAACAGGCAAGUGGAGUAAUGACCACUUUAAAGUGGACGAAUCCGCUCCCUGCUACUGUUUCUGGGAUCCAAGCUAUUCCUAGCGGUCUGUCCGCGAACACUGAUGUGUCUGUUCCACCUCCAACCCAUGAACCAGUGGCUCAUCUUCCUCGGGACAAAGAGGACACUGAGGAAGGAAGUCCGGUAUUUAGCAGCACCAGCGUGCCCUUCCAGAUUGAAAGUAAUGUCCCGGUCACCUUGUGUCUGACACCACAGCUGAUCCACAAGCGGUAUGAGCUGUUAUCAAGGACAAACACUCUUCACGUUCCUCCUUCCGGUCAUCGUACUGCCCGUUUGCCCGUACAGCGCCAGUCCUCUCUGACCUCCGCCCUUCCAUGUUAG